GGUUCCGCAUUUCGGCUCGGCGAGGUGGGGGAGGCGGGCGAGGCGGGCGCAGCGGCUCGCACUGGCUUGCACCGGCUCGACCCCCGGCUCGAAGCAGUGGCGGCCCGUGCUUCGGCUGUCCGCGAGCUGAGGACGGUCGCGCUCUCUCGGUUCCCGCGCCGGCUCCGUCUUUUGACCGCGGCGGGGGCCAGGGGCCCCUCCGCUCCCCGUUGAGGAUAGAAGAUGAGCUUCCUCUUCAGCAGCCGCUCUUCUAAAACAUUCAAACCGAAGAAGAAUAUCCCUGAAGGGUCUCAUCAGUAUGAACUCUUAAAACAUGCAGAAGCAACUCUGGGAAGUGGGAAUCUGAGACAAGCUGUGAUGUUGCCAGAGGGAGAAGACCUUAAUGAAUGGAUUGCCGUUAACACUGUGGAUUUCUUCAACCAGAUCAACAUGUUAUAUGGAACUAUUACAGAAUUCUGCACUGAAGCAAGCUGCCCAGUCAUGUCUGCAGGUCCAAGAUAUGAAUAUCAUUGGGCAGAUGGUACUAAUAUUAAAAAGCCAAUCAAAUGUUCUGCACCAAAAUACAUUGACUAUUUGAUGACUUGGGUUCAGGAUCAACUUGAUGAUGAAACUCUUUUUCCGUCUAAGAUUGGUGUCCCGUUUCCCAAAAACUUUAUGUCUGUGGCAAAGACCAUUCUAAAGCGUCUCUUCAGGGUUUAUGCCCAUAUUUAUCACCAGCACUUUGAUUCUGUGAUGCAGCUGCAAGAGGAGGCCCACCUCAACACCUCCUUUAAGCACUUUAUUUUCUUUGUUCAGGAGUUUAAUCUGAUUGAUAGGCGGGAGUUGGCACCUCUUCAGGAGUUAAUUGAGAAGCUUGGAUCAAAAGACAGAUAAAUGUUUCUUCUAGAACACAGUUACCCUCUUGCUACUGCUAGAGCUAUCUCAUUGCUAUCUGUUCUAGACUAGUGAUACAAACUUUAAGAAAACAGGAUAAAAAGACACCUCUUGUCUGUGUCUAGUGAUAAAAUUGUCUCAAACGUAGAUUGGCUUAAUACCUUCAGAGUGAGAAAUUCAGGACAGCCAAAUCUGAGGCACUAUGUGACCACUCCUGUUAUUGUCACAGAGUCAUACUUGGCUGUAGUACGUGAUGACUAACCAGUAAUUUAUUAGUUUACUUCUUAUUCUUUUACUGAAGAAAAUGAUUGAGUCUGUUUCAGGUGACAACAUAAAUGGAUGUUAAGAGUUUUCACCAAUAAUUUAUUAACGAUUCCCAGAACGAAUUUCCUAGUAAGGCGGUCAGAUCAGUUUUAUUCUGCUUUUAUUUUAUAAAUAGAAGAGGUAUUUUUAAGUUUCCUUAAGAUUUAGAACAUUUGUGUCACUUUGGAUAACGUUUUAGUUUGAAGUUUGUAUGCUAGUGUUUUUAUAGAUAAAAUAUAUUUGUAUAUUUUUUCAAAAUCCAUGAUUGCAGUUUAAAUCAUCAUAUGACAUAUGAGGUAUGGGAGUAACCAAAGUUAUUUCUAAAAUGACUUUAUUUUUUAAUCUUUAUUUGGAAUUUUAUUCACAUAAACCUAUCUAAAUUUUUAGGAGUGGGUGUGUGUAUCAGAAAUAAUUUUUUAAGGCAUCUAAGGAUGGUCUUGUAGAGUUUUAUUUCAAAAUACUUCAUUCAGAUUAAUUUUAAUAGGUAGUUUUUGGCCGAGAGAAAGAAAACUCAAAAAAUUGACAUGUUUAGGUCUCAGAACCACUAUUUUCAUUCACAUUGUUUUUCAGAGGCCUCGAAAUUCUGGAUAAGAGAAUGUAAGAAAGUACUCGGAGUACUUGAUUAUUUUGUUUUGAGUUUCCUUUAAAAAAAAUUACUUCUAUAUGUUUUUAUUGUGACUUGAUACUUAGUUAAGAGUAAUGUAGAAAUGCACAAACUUUAUCCCAGUAAGGAUAAAACUUGAGAACCACAAUAAAAAGCAUUGAAGAUGUACACAUUUUAUAACACAGCUAAAAGUUUAGUCUGCUACCUGUUCGCGCGCAUGUGUGUGUGUGUGUGUGUGUUUAAAAGCGACAAAGUGGGAAGAAUAGGUUAAAAAAAAUCUGACUUCAUUCUGUUUAUAGUCAAAGGAUGGACUGAGCCCCCAUAGGAGUUUUAUCCUGUUUUAAUUGUUUUUGUAUCAAAACUUGAAAUUAUUCUAUUUCUGUUGGGAUAAAAGAAUCUUCCCCAUUAGUGAAGGAAAGAUCUGAUUGUCAUUAGGUUUCUGGAAUUUAGUAAACUCUAGCUGGCUGUUUGAAACAUAUUGAGGCACAAGAAUACUAGACUGGCAGUGCUUGAAGUUCAUCAGCAUUCUGUAUUUGAGAGCUGUGCUUUUUGCAAAGUAUUCACCAUCGUCGAUGGCUUCGGUAAAGGUUCAAUUUCAUAAGGUUUUUUGUUAUUUAUUUUUAUUAUUCCACUAGAGUAUAAAGAAUUGCUUAGAAACUUCAUUUUUCUAAUAACUCAAUUUCAAUAAAUUCUUAACUAUAUCCAGAAUUUUAAAGGAAACAAAACGUUUCAUCUAAUUUAGGCUGAAACCGUACAUCAUUUGUUUCAGGAAUUAAAAAGUAGGAUAAUCACUUAGGGAAAAAGGAGAAAAGCCCUCUCCAAAACAUUCCACAAUCCACAUUAUAAGCUUAUCCAAAGGUCCUUAUCAGGCGUUCUGUAUGUUUCCGUUGAUCACUUAUGGACAAGAAAGCAGGUUUCUGGAUGCACCUAGAAUGUUACUGCCUCUCGACUUUAAACCUUCUUGGCUUUAAUAAGUCUGCAAGGAAUGAAAUUAUAUUUCUCAACUAAGGUUGAACUUUCAUCAUCAUUUAUAAUAUUUCAAAUAUUCUCAAACAAAAGUGUUCUUACUUUUCUCCAUUUAUUUAGAAUGAUAGAAAUCCUGCCUCUCUCUUCACGUCUCAUCCCCUGAACUUACCAAAGAUGGUCACAUAUGAGAACAGUAGUAAAGGCAGCUUAUUAAUGGGGUGUAAAUUAAAAAUUUGUUGGUAAUUUGAGACUCAGAAUGGCCUUUUUAAAAAAAAAAAUAAAAACAUUACCAGGUUCUGAA